AUGAGGAGUGCUCCCCUGAUGCUAACUAGUCUUAUCCUCGGCUUCUCCGUCAGACUGCUGGUCUUUCUCCUGCUUUUUCUUGAGUCUUCUCGUGGGAUGCCGCACGUGUUGAGAUUUGGUGGGAUCUUUGAGUCUAUCGAAAGUGGACCAUCAGGGGCAGAGGAACUGGCCUUUAAAUUUGCACUGAACACCAUCAACCGAAACAGGACCCUCCUGCCCAACACGACCCUCACCUACGACAUACAGAGAAUCAACAUCUUCGACAGUUUCGAGGCUUCCCGGAAAGCCUGUGAGCAGCUGUCCCUGGGUGUUGCAGCCAUCUUCGGGCCCUCCCACAGCUCCUCGGCCAAUGCCGUUCAGUCGAUCUCGAACGCCCUGGGUGUGCCCCACAUCCAGACCAAAUGGAAGCACCAGGUGUCGGAUAAUCACGACUCAUUCUACGUCAGCCUGUACCCGGAUUUCACCUCUCUCAGCCGGGCCAUCCUGGACCUGGUACACUUCUUCAGGUGGAGGACCGUCACUGUGGUGUACGAUGACAGCACUGGUCUUAUUCGGCUACAGGAGCUGAUCAAAGCUCCUUCCCGAUACAACAUCCGUCUGAAAAUCCGUCAGUUGCCAGGGGAAACCAAGGAUGCCAAGCCCCUGCUGAAAGAGAUGAAAAAAUCGAAAGAGUUUCACGUCAUUUUUGACUGCGGACACGAGAUGGCUGCCUGGAUCCUCAAACAGGCUCUGUCUAUGGGGAUGAUGACUGAAUACUACCACUACAUCUUCACUACUCUGGACCUGUUUGCUUUGGACAUGGAGCCGUACCGCUACAGCGGAGUAAACAUGACAGGAUUCCGAAUCCUGAACACGGAAAAUUCUCAGGUCUCCUCAAUCAUUGAGAAGUGGUCCAUGGAGCGUCUGCAGGCUCCACCCAAACCAGACUCUGGACUUCUGGAUGGCUUCAUGACGACGGACGCUGCUCUCAUGUACGACGCGGUUCACGUUGUCGCGGUUGCCGUGCAGCAGUCUCCUCAGAUCACCGUCAGUUCUCUCCAGUGUAACCGUCAUAAACCGUGGCGCUUUGGCGGGCGCUUCAUGAAUCUCAUUAAAGAGGCCCAGUGGGAUGGCCUGACCGGACGCAUUCUCUUCAACAGGAGCAACGGCUUACGCACAGACUUUGAUCUGGAUGUGAUUAGUCUAAAGGAAGAUGGUCUUGAAAAGAUUGGGACAUGGGAUCCUCCCAGUGGACUGAAUAUGACGGAGAACCACAAGAGCAAAACCGCCAAUGUCACUGACUCACUGUCAAACAAAUCCCUCAUAGUCUCCACUAUACUGGAGGAGCCGUACGUGAUGUUUAAGAAGUCCGAUAAGCCGCUGUACGGGAAUGACCGCUUUGAGGGAUAUUGUGUGGAUUUGCUGCGGGAGCUCUCUGGAAUCCUCGGCUUCCGUUACGAGAUCCGAUUGGUGGAUGACGGGAAAUAUGGGGCUCUGGAUGAGAGCACUGGCCAAUGGAACGGCAUGGUCCGCGAGCUCAUCGAUCACAAAGCGGACUUAGCCGUGGCUCCUCUGGCCAUCACCUACGUGCGGGAGAAGGUCAUCGACUUUUCCAAACCGUUCAUGACCCUGGGCAUCAGCAUCCUGUACCGCAAGCCCAACGGCACCAACCCUGGGGUCUUCUCCUUCCUCAACCCCCUCUCCCCAGAUAUCUGGAUGUAUAUUCUGCUGGCUUACUUGGGUGUCAGUUGUGUACUGUUUGUCAUAGCCAGGUUCAGUCCGUAUGAAUGGUACAACCCUCAUCCCUGUAACCCAGACUCUGACGUGGUGGAGAAUAACUUCACUCUGCUCAACAGUUUCUGGUUUGGCAUUGGUGCACUCAUGAGGCAAGGUUCGGAGCUGAUGCCUAAGGCUCUGUCCACCAGGAUCGUGGGCGGGAUCUGGUGGUUCUUCACCCUCAUCAUCAUCUCUUCAUACACGGCCAACCUGGCCGCCUUCCUCACCGUGGAGCGCAUGGAGUCGCCCAUCGACUCCGCCGACGACCUCGCCAAACAGACCAAGAUCCCCUACGGCGUGGUGGAGGACGGAGCCACGAUGACCUUCUUCAAGAAGACGAAGAUCUCCACGUACGAGAAGAUGUGGGAGUUUAUGAACAGUCGGAGGCACUCUGUGAUGGUGAGGAGCGUGGAGGAGGGGAUUCAGCGUGUUCUCACCUCCGAUUACGCCUUCCUCAUGGAGUCCACCACCAUCGAGUUCGUCACGCAGCGCAACUGCAACCUCACACAGAUCGGAGGUCUCAUAGACUCUAAGGCUUAUGGGGUCGCCAUGCCAAUGGGCUCGCCGUACAGAGACAAGAUCACGAUCUCCAUCCUCCAGCUGCAGGAGGAGGGCAAACUGCACAUGAUGAAGGAGAAGUGGUGGAGAGGGAACGGCUGUCCCGAGGAGGAGAGCAAGGAGGCCAGUGCCCUUGGGGUCCAGAACAUCGGGGGCAUCUUCAUCGUACUGGCGGCCGGGCUGGUGCUGUCUGUGUUUGUUGCCGUGGGGGAGGUUCUGUACAAGUCCAAACAGAAUGCGGAGUUAGAGAAGCGUUCCUUCUGCAGCGCCAUGGUCGAGGAGCUCAGGGUGUCCCUGAAAUGUCAGCGCCGUCUCAAACAGAAAACGCCGCCGCCCGUCAUCGUCAAGACGGAGGAGGUUAUAAACAUGCACACCUUUAACGACCGGAGAUUGCCAGGGAAAGAGACCAUGGCCUGA